AUGAUCUACAAAAUAUUUCUCCAUGAUAUUGCCUUCAAAAGAUCAACCCCCAACUCAACCGAUCGGGACGUUGAUGGUUUCUCCUGGAGAUGUACACGCCUCGAACAUCCGCUCAUGGAGGGUUGCGAGCACUUGUGGUUGGGUCACAGGAGUCGAAAGCUCUACGCAACGUGCUCCAAUUUUUCAACGCAUGCAGAUACUUCGGUCGAAUCCGAUUAUCCAACCAUGGCACACAGAGAUCAUGUCAGCGUGAUGGAGAUUGACUCGCCACCCGGGCAAGAUAACGCUUACAAUCUGCAUCGCUUAGAGAUCGCAGGCGGCUUCGAAGGGGAGCUAGAUCUUCACAGACUAGAUGCACGCCGCAUCGGAGAUCGGAUUCGUUUUUGGAUGAUUAACCACAAGCCAUAUGUCGAUACAGACACGGGAGAAGUCAUAGAUGAGAAAAAGAACUAUAACGUGGAAGUGUUUGAUUUAGACGAGGAUGCUGGCGCUCUUGUGCCCGUCAAAACGAUAUCAAGCGAGUUAUUGGACUCCCCAAACAACCUAGCCGUGGACCCCGCCGGAAAUGAGAUUCUCGUGAUCAACGAUCACGUCACAAAAGUUGGACCCUUUCGAGGCGGAAAAGAGGUAGUGGGCGAUGCGAAUCUAGCAGAAUGCCAAACAGAUUCGGGUGAAUGCCGCCUGGUUACUAGCAAGGGUUUGGGAUACGCAAAUGGCAUCGCAAUCGAUAGCCAGGAACACAUAUACGUUACCGGCGUCUCCGGGGUAGUUCUUGUAUAUCAGAUGGAGAUUGGGGAACUCAAACUCUUGAAUUCAUUCAGAAAUUCACUGGGAAUCGAUCGAAUUUCCGUCAAUGCAGAGGAUAACAUCGUGAUUACUGCAUUCCCAGACUCGCUAGAGCUGAUGAAAACGUCAACGAACCCGCCGGAUCCAGUGCCUGGGGCAACCCUGCUUUUAGCAAAAAGAGAAACUAUUAAUGCAGGGCAACCGGAAGAGUAG